AUGACAACACCACCAUCUACCAGAGACGAAGAGCGGGCGUCCAACAGCUUCAACUUUGAACAAUCCCACUACCACGAUGACACCUCCGACGACGAUGCCACCACCAUUGGCCCCAAUGCCCCCCUGCGACCGCCUUCCACCGAAUUUGACGGCCUACGAUAUCCCACGGCUUCUUCCUUGCGAGAACGAAUAGCACAACAGAUCCCACCGAGUGUCCAACGUGUAUGGCACUCCACAGUAAAAUGGGUAAAAGGCCCCCAGCCACCACGGAUAUACACCAUUACACCUUUCUUCCCCAAGAUCCAACAUAUGCCCAACGCUCUUCUAGACCGCUACGCACCUAAAAGGAUCCACCGAUUCGGGCUAUUGAUCCUCCUCUACGCAUCCUGGCUCGCAGUCUUCUCCCUCAUGCUAUGGAAGAGCUCUGCUGCCGCCGAGAUUCCUGGCUACGGCAAGCCCUUCCGUCUAAGCUGUGCAGCGCGGUACUGGGGAGAAGGCAACCGUUGCGGCAUAGACGGAAACGGCUGUCGUCCAUUCGCAAACUCCACCCUAGCAUUUCGAUGUCCCGCCGACUGCCACAAACAAAUCACCUCGCAUCAUCAUGCCGUAGGAGAUCAAGACAUUCGCUACAAACCCAUCCUUGUAGGCGGUCCCACGGAAUCACAUACGGGAUUCGAAGACUCCAUCCUCAACAACGCAAUCUACCGUUCCGACUCCUUCAUCUGCGCCUCGGCCGUCCACGCAGGCUUCAUCUCCGACACAACAGGAGGUUGCGGAGUUCUAACCCUCACAGGCGAACAACCUUCCUUCACAGGCAGCACCCACCACGGCCUCACCUCUCUAGGCUUCGACUCCUACUUCCCCCACACCUUUGCCUUUCUCAAAUCCACCACCACAAACUGUCCCGACCUCCGCUGGCCCGCACUAGCCCCAACACUGACCUUCACCAUUCUCCUCUCCCUCUUCACAACCUCCCCAUCCAUCCACUUCUGGUCAAUCUUCCCCGCGCUCUUCUUCCACGUAGCCCUAAUCUCCGACCCGCCCUCUCAAACCACCUUCCCAAGUCUCUUGAGCAAAGCCCUCGGCCGCUUCCUCCCAGCCUGUUUCUGCGCAUGGGUAACGUACAAAUACACAAUCCAUCGCUCCCUCCAAAACCUCACGGCACAAUUCGAAAAAACCAUCCUCUGGGUCGGAGCAGCCUGGAUCGGUGCUCUCAACAACUACACUUUCGACCGCAUCCCCAUUCAACGUCUCACAGCUCAUGACCUCCGCGCCCAACCAGGCGCCAUCCCAGCUCUCAUCAUCAUCGUCGGGGGAAUCUUCACCAUCGCUCUCGGACAAGCCUGGGCGUUUCGCGUCGAGGGUCGCAUGCCGAGAUAUCUUGCCAUUUACGGUAUCUUUGUCGGCUCGAUUUGCUUCAUGGUAAUGCUUCCUGGGUUGAAUUUGAGGAUCCAUCAUUAUAUUCUGGGAUUGGUGUUGCUUCCCGGCACGGCGUUUCAGAAUCGUCCGAGUUUGGUGUAUCAGGGUUUGUUGGUGGGGUUGUUUGUUAAUGGGGUUGCGAGGUGGGGGUUUGCGAGUAUCUUGGAGACUGAUGGGGCGCUUUUACAGGGGGAUCAUAAGGGGAGUGCGUUGCCGCAAGUUGAGGUGCUGCGGGCCGGGAUGGGGAAUAUUAGUUUUGGGUUUGGGGAGGUGCCGCUUUGGGAUGAGAAGAAGAAGGGGGUGAGAUAUGAUGGGGUCAGUGUGCUUGUUAAUGAUGUUGAGAGAUUUAGGGGGUUUGGRGGGGAGGGGCGGAAUGGGGCGUUGGAGUGGUUGUGGGAGAGGCAUGUGGUUGGGGAUGUGGAGGGGAGGGUUCUGCCGGAGUACUUUCGUUUUGCGUAUAUGAGUGGGAGUGCCGUGUGGGAUUAUACCAAGGCUGGCAAGUGGGAUGUGGAGGGGAGGUGGAUUGAGAUGCAGGAUGGGGCGAGUAGGUAG